AGCAUGUUCCAUUGUACGAGCUUUCUGAAAGAGUGCCGCGAUUGUUGAGCUGCGAACUGAUAAAAACACGCUAUUUCAUUGCACUUUGCAACCGUUUUCCAGAGGCAUUUGUCUGUUUUCGUGCAGGAAUAAACCCUGCUGAUGUCGUGCGGGUCAGAAUAGCGGCUGGUUUUGCAGGGGAGGGGGGGAAAUCGUCGGCGUUUCCAGCAAAGGAAUUCCCGCAUCAGCGCCGGCUCGUCCUCCACAAAAGGGCAAGUUGUGAACUAAAACCUCGGCUUUUGCCGGCGCCUUUUCGCUUUUUCUUUUACUCCUUUUACCCGUUUUGCCGUGGUUUUCCGGCUUGCUGCUGCUGCAGGGGCUGCGGGGAUGAACGGGUUCAGCACCGAGGAGGACAGCCACGACGGGCCGCCGGCCCCGCCGUUCUACGGCCAGAGCUGCUGCCUGAUCGAGGACGGGGAGCGCUGCGGCCGCGCCGCGGGGAACGCCUCCUUCAGCAAGAGGAUCCAGAAGAGCAUCUCGCAGAAGAAGCUCAAGCUGGACAUCGACAAGAGUGUGCGACAUCUUUACAUUUGCGAUUUCCACAAGAACUUUAUCCAGAGCGUCCGUAACAAGAGGAAGAGGAAGACCAGUGAUGACGGAGGAGAAUCCCCGGAUCAUGAUGUCGAGGUUCCUGAGGUGGACCUUUUCCAGCUGCAGGUGAACACACUGAGACGCUACAAGCGACACUACAAGCUGCAGACCCGGCCCGGCCUCAACAAGGCCCAGUUGGCAGAGACGGUGAGUCGUCACUUCAGGAAUAUUCCUGUGAACGAGAAGGAGACGCUGACCUACUUUAUUUACAUGGUGAAGAGCAGCAAGAGCCGUUUGGACCAGAAAGGAGACGCAGGAAAACCGCUGGACUAAACUCCGCCCACCGCAGCAACAGCUACAGUGACAAACAGACAUCGCUAACAGCAGCAGAAACCAAAACCAACUCUUCCUGCAACUCUCUCCAUCCCACUCCCCCUGUCAGAGCAGAAAAUGAACCUUUGUUGUCCUCCGGGGACGUUAAACACAACUGGAGAAGUGGAGGCGAGAUGAACUCACCACAACUUGUUUCGCCGCCUUCUCAUCCACACAGUCUCAUGUCGUCAGAUUGGUUGCUACCCUUUGACUCGGCCUUCUCCAAGAGCUUUUCUCUCUUCGUUUAAGCCAGGUCCAUGAGAACUGUCGAGAACCAGGACUCUCUCUGCAGUUUUACUUUGUCAUACUGUAAUGAUUCUGUCUAUAUGUACAAAAAAUGGCAUCUAAAAUCAAGUAAAUCAGUUCAAUGCAAUGUACAAUAUAGCUGCCUUAAGAGUUAAAAACGACAAAAUCAACAACUUUUGGUCAUUUUUAGGGUUUUCGUUUUUUUGUUUUUUCUUUGCCUAGACGACUGUUAACACAUUACGAGGGAGGAAAGUUUGUGCCAAACAAGAAGGUGAUGUUGGGUGGGAAUCAUAUUAGUUUUUAUCCCAAACGGAUGAUUGUUGGGAAAGUGCUCCACCUUCACUGAAGUCAGAUCAGUACUCCCGUUCAUUGUCAGAGUGUAUAAUAUUUAAGCAAAUAACUUUAAAACUAAAAAAAAAUAAAAGCUGCCUAAAAUAAAAUUAAAAACUGAAUCUAAUAAUUGAAGUUGCCUCGUUCCAGACAAAACAUUAUGUAUUAAAAGAUGGUUAGGAAUGCUGUAGCAUUUGGCUGAUGCUCUUUUCCUUCCUGUUGGUCAUUAUUUUUGUAUGUGCGCUCAUUUUAGUUCUCUGAACAUUUAGUUGGUAUUUUCUGUUUUUAAUUUUCAGUGGAACUUUGUUUUCUUUUCUCUUAACUCUUCAGGUUGUAAAAAGUCUGUCUGCAUAUUUGAGUUUGAUUUGGAAAUCUUUUCCUGCAUGAAGUGAAAGUCACGCAUGCUCGAAGGAUCGAGCUGCAACACUAGUAAUCAAUAUCCUUUAAAAUAUUUAAAAGCACUGUUUGUGAUAGGCAAAUUCUUAAUUUGACGCUGAAGGAAAAAGCUCAAAGGAGUCUCUUUUUUUUUUUUUUUUUUUUUUUCCCCCCCACUGAUUUUUAACAAUUUUCCAUAUGUUUGUUACUAAUGACAUCUCCAAACCAUCCGGCUAUUUUUUUUUUUUUAUGCGGUGGCUUCAUGGGUUGAAUUUGCAGUUUAGGAUUUCUUUUACAAUUUCUUUUCGUUUUUUCAAGUCUGCUCCUGUUUUAAUUUUGAUUGUAGGUCGGUUAGUGUCAUGUAGAUAACACUCAUCUUUAUUAACAAAUAGUUCAUGCCUCAUUAACCUAACUGUUGUAUUAGAGAAAAAAAGCGUAUUUAGGUAUGGAUGCAUACUGCUCUUAAUAAUAAUAAUAAUAAUAAAUGUAUUGUACAUGCAGAGGUUGUGGUCCGUGUUUGUCAACAGAUUGUUGCA